UAAUGCCAAACCUCAAACCCAGUAGCUGCCUUCCUCAUGAUGCUUCCUAUUUCUCUGUCACAUAUAGUAGCUGUCCACUCCUCGUAUCCUCACGCCCGAAGCAGCAAUCCACCCUCUCCAAGUCCAAAGUUAAAGCAGCUGCAACUCCCCAUCUCCAAAGCUGAAGCAAGCAGAAACUUCGGUAGUUCGCCAUGUCGAACAUGAUGAUCAUCUUCUUCGGCCUCCUCUUUUCCCUGCAUGUAGGCGCGGAGGCGAAAGACACCAUCACAGCUGGGCUGGGACUAUCCGGCAAGGACACCCUUAUCUCCAGCAACGGCAAGUUCGCGCUUGGCUUCUUCCAACCGUUCAGUAAGUCCUCCUCACGCGAUGCUUCCAGCUGGUACCUAGGCAUAUGGUUCAACACCGUCCCAAAGUUCACUCCAGCAUGGGUUGCCAACGGAGAUAAGCCUGUCGUCAGCCCCACCUCGCCGGAGCUCGCAAUCUCCGACGAUGGAAACCUAGUCAUCAUAGACCAAACCACCAAGUCCAUCAUCUGGUCCACCCGAGCUAACACCACAGCAAACAGCACCAGGGCCAUGCUACUGAAAACCGGUAACCUUGUCCUGCAGAGCACCUCCAACUCUUCCCAGAUCUUGUGGCAGAGCUUUGAUUACCCAACCGAUACCCAUCUAGCCGGCGCAAAGCUUGGGCGGGACAAGGUCACCGGCCUGAACCGUCGUCUUGUUUCCAGGAAGAACUCGAUGGACCCUGCUCCCGGCAUGUACACUUACGAAAUGCACGAGAAGAAUGGCUCUGCCCGGUUCGGCCUUGCGGCGCACAACUCGUCCAUACCAUACUGGUCCAGCGGAGAAUGGAACGGCCACUUCUUUGGUUCUAUACCGGAGAUGUCAGGUCGCCAGUUGAUUGAUUUUACCUUCAUCAACAAUGAAAAGGAGGUGUACUUCACUUAUACCUUGCUAGAUGAAGCGACGAUUAUGCGCUUUUCCCUGAAUGUCUCCGGUCAAGUUAAGAUACUGUUGUGGGUCGAGCGUGCACAGGAGUGGGUAACAGCCUUCAGCAACCCCGAUGACCAAUGUAAUGUAUAUGGCGUUUGCGGACCUUUCACAACGUGUGGACAGAACAAGCUUCCUCACUGCAGUUGUAUGGAGGGCUUCUCCAUAAGAUCGCCUGAUGACUGGGAGCUAGAAGAUCGGACAGGUGGCUGCAUCAGGAAUACUCCAUUAGAUUGCGGUAUCAACAGCAACACCACAAGCAUGCAAGACCAGUUCUUCCCUAUGCCAUGUGUCUCUUUGCCCAACAAUGGCCACAAGAUACAAGAUGCUACGAGUGCAGCUGGAUGUGCAAAAGUUUGUCUGGGCAACUGCAAUUGCACUGCAUAUUCCUAUGGUAACAGAGGAUGCUUUGUUUGGGAUGGUAAAUUAACUAAUGUGAAACAACAACAAUGUGGUAAUGGCAAUAAUAACCAAGCUCCUCUUUAUCUUCGCCUUGCUGACAAAGAGGUGCAAAGGCUGAAAAGCAACAGACGGCGAAGAAUCAUUGGGAUUGUCAUCGGUGCAAGUUUUGCUUUAUUUGGCCUUUUGUCACUCCUUUUGCUACUGAUGAGUAGGAGGUUGUGUUCUCACAGGAUGAAAAAUCUUCAAGGUGGUGGUGGCAUUAUCAUGUUUAGGUACGCUGAUUUGCAACGUGCGACAAAUAACUUCUCUCAGAAGCUAGGGACAGGUGGUUUUGGUUCUGUAUUCAAGGGGUUUCUGAAUGAGUCUUCUGACAUAGCAGUUAAAAGGCUUGAUGGUGCUCGGCAAGGCGAGAAGCAAUUCAGAGCUGAAGUGAGAUCAAUUGGAACCAUUCAGCAUAUCAAUUUAGUUAAACUAAUUGGUUUCUGUACUGAGGGAGACAGGAGGUUGAUCGUCUACGAAUAUAUGCAGAAUCGUUCUCUUGAAGCUCAUUUAUUUCAAAGCAACGCUACAGGCUUGAAAUGGAGCAUCAGGUAUCAGAUUGCUCUCGGGGUAGCUAGAGGACUGGUCUAUUUGCAUGACAAUUGCCGGGAUUGCAUUAUACAUUGUGAUAUUAAGCCAGAGAACAUACUCCUUGAUGCAUCAUUCGUUCCAAAAAUCGCAGAUUUUGGACUGGCAAAGUUUCUUGGAAGGGAUUUUAGUCAAGCUCUCACUACAAUGAGAGGAACAAUAGGAUACCUUGCACCCGAAUGGCUCAGUGGAACUGUUAUUACAGCAAAAGUUGAUGUCUACAGCUAUGGCAUGGUUCUGUUGGAGAUUUUAUCAGGAAAGAGGAACUCGGGUAGACAAUGUACAACUGGUGAUGAUUACGACUAUUUCCCUGUGAAAGUCGCAAAUAAACUACUGGAGGGGGGUGUGGGGAGUUUAGUGGACGACAAACUACAUGGUGAUGUCAAUUUGGAGCAGGUGGAAAGAGCUUUCAAGGUUGCAUGUUGGUGUAUUCAAGAUGUUGAGUCUGAUCGACCCACAAUGGGUCAAGUUGUUCAAUACCUUGAAGGUUUUGUUGAAGUCGACAUACCCCCAAUGCCAAGGCUACUUCAAGUUAUUGCAGAGAAUGCACUAGCAAAAUCCGAUUGGUACCUGGAUCCAGUAUCACAAGAGGCGGGGAAACUUGAAGAUGUCGAAGGCAGCGCACAGCACCAGGUGGCUCAACCUUGACAUGAAGACAGGUUGAUGCAGUCAUGGAGUAGAGUUUCCCUUCAGUGAUUGUCUAAAUCCUGGAAUACAAGUGCCAACUUAGCAUGUGUUUUGUUAAACCGCUCUGUAUGAACUGAUAAAAGGAGCUUGCUUCUUCCUAGUAUUAAUUAUUUCUAUUAGGUUCUGUGACUCAA